AUGGCAAAGUCCACGGCGCAUAAUGUGUUUGUACACCAUCUCCAGAGGCUGCCAUCUCCCUCCCGCGGACUUUCAGCGGCUUUGCACGUCGCAGGAUUGAGCUCCUUUGCAUACUCCUUUGCCUACCUCGUCCAGCAUCCCAACCCGGUCAGCGACUCCUAUGGUUGGCACAUGCAGUAUCUCACCAUCAUCGGUCUGUCGCUCGCAACGCUCACCUUUGGCGCUGGUCUCCUCGCAGACAUCACACUCUCCCCGCGCCUGUUMCGCGUUAAGAAUGCCCUCAGUAUCGCCAGCGCACCAAUGGAAGUGCUGAUCAGCAUUCUGUACUGGGGAUUACAGGCCGUUGACCCCAAGCUUGUCAUGCCGGACUGGGCGGCACCGCUAGAGCUGCACGCGGAUCUCUCCUUCCACGCUGUCCCUUCUAUUGCACUGGUCCUUGACCUGCUCCUCUUUUCUCCUCCAUACGCAGUUGAUUUUCUCCCCGCUUUCGGUCUGAGUGGCUGCAUUGCAUUCGGGUAUUGGUUUUGGAUUGAACACUGCUACCAGAAGAACGGAUUCUACCCGUACCCCAUCUUUGAGCUGCUCGAUACAACACAGCGCAUCGGGCUCUUCGCUUUCUCCGCGCUCUUGAUGACAGCAUCCACUGCACUGCUGAUCUGGCUGUAUGCUGUAGUGAACGGACAGGGAGUGGGUGAUUUGGAAGAGAAGGUCGAGGGCGAGGUCAGGAAGGAGAAGAGCAAGCUGUCGAGAUGA